UAUCUGAAGCGUCAUUAAAGGCGCGCGUACGGAUUUAAUGGCCAAUAUGCGUCUGGCAUUAGCUACGUUAGGCAGCUGGCAUUUUCGCACUCGGACCGUCACCUGUGUCAGAGAGCGUCUAGGUGUUGUCCACUCUGCUAGAGCACAUUUGAAUGCAAGAUCAUGACUGAAGAGGCUUUUGACGUGACGGUGGUUGGCUCCUGUAUGACUGACUUAGUGAGCCAGGCACCAAGGCUACCCAAAGCCGGGGAAACCAUCCAUGGUCACAAGUUCUUCAUUGGCUUCGGAGGGAAAGGGGCCAACCAGUGCAUACAGGCUGCAAGACUUGGGGCCAAAACCUCUAUGGUCUGCAAGGUUGGUAAAGACUUCUUUGGAGACAAUUACAUCCAGAAUUUCAAGGACAAUGGUGUACACACAGACUUUGUAGGGCAGACCUCUGACGCUGCCACAGGAGCUGCCUCCAUCAUUGUCAACGAUGCAGGUGAGAAUGCCAUUGUGAUCGUUGCGGGUGCCAACAUGCUGCUGGGCGGCGAGGAGUUGCAGAAAGCUCUUCCAGCCAUCAGUCAUGCAAAAGUGCUCGUGUGCCAGCUGGAGAUCAGCCCGCAGACAUCCUUGCAGGCACUGCGCAUGGCUCAGGAGUACAAAGUAAAGACGAUAUUCAACCCAGCGCCGGCCAUUCCUGACUUGGAUACAGGUUUCUACAGAGCCUCUGAUGUGUUUUGCUGUAAUGAGUCUGAGGCUGAGCUGCUGACCGGCUCCUCAGUAACUAACGUGGAGGAAGCACAUCGGGCCGGUCUGGAGCUGCUGAAGCGGGGCUGUGGGUCAGUCAUCAUCACUCUGGGACCCCAAGGCUGCGUGGUGCUCAAGGCACAGGAGUCUGCCUUCAAACAUGUUCCAACUGCUGCCAUCACAGCAGUGGACACUACGUUGUUGAAACUGGCCCCCUCACUGCCCUCUACUCCACUGGCCCUCGGCUCCCAAGCAUCAGCCCCUAUUCAAGAGUGCUAUCAUCAUUUCAACCGCAACGUGUGAACUGGGAGACAGGCCAGAGUCAAACCAGUGGGACUGCUUCGCCAAAGCCUUAUUUCCAAAUACUGGCUGUGUUGUAGCCCAGCCCAGCUACCAGACAGGAGACAUAAACACGCCAUGGCUUUAAACAUGGAAAUCCACCAGGCCUGUGAAAUGUUUGAGCUCUGACCUCACUCUUUCCAGCAUCCCUCCAGUCCAGGAGUCACACCAGUGGCAUGCACCGGGGUGGGGGAGGGGUGCAGUAAUGACCUUUCAAAUGUCAAAUCAGAUUUUUUUAUUUAUUUUCCUCUAUCAUCUGAUUCAUCACAGAAUGCUUUAGGUGCCUGCAACACAAUUGUGCCCUCCAGCUGCCCCGUCUGCCGUGGACCCUGUUUGGCCCUCCCUGUUCCUACUGCCCUAUUGAUCACAGGGCACUGCCCCCUCUGCCCGGUCGGGAUCAGGGUUAGGGUUUUUGUUUUUUGCCCCAUGUCACUGAAUCAUCCUAACACAACCGACAAAGGGGUUACUUUGAGGUUGAAGGGCGACUGAUGUCAGGGAGGGGAGGGGGGGUGGGGUUUUUACAGAGGUGCUCAGAAGAGAGAGUGCAAUGAACUCCUUUUGAGAGCCACAGUGAUGAGUAAUGGAGUGGGCUUGUGAGAACCAGCGUCGGGGGGCCGUUUGUGGUUAAACAUGAGCGUGUCGCCACAUACCAUUGUGCCUUUUCCCAUCAGCCUCCCCCCCUUCCCAUUCCAGCCAGCCCGCUCCAGGGCGUAGACAGCACAUUCCAUCUCUAUCAAUAGAUGAGGAGGGAAAAUGGGUGAUUUAUCUGUUUCGAAGAUAGCCAAAACCAGAGCUGUUGGCAGUUAUGGUGAAGCCGCUGAUGAGAGAUUAAAGCAGCCAUGUGCUACUCAGCUGACUUUGAAAAGCAGCAAACUCAGAGGGGUUUUUUUUUUUUUGUUUUUGUUUUUUCAGUUUUUGAUUUGAAAGUUGUUUCAGAAAAAAAAGAUCAAAUACAAAUAAUGCUUAAUAUAAUUAGAUUAUCUUAAUUUAAUUACAAUUUGUGGGAUAAUACAGUAUAAUGUCAUAGGUAGCAGUCUUUUUCAUAUACAUACAUACGUUUUGGACUCUCCUCAUAGUAUGAAAAUUUUUAUUUAUUUUUAAAUAUUUAAGGAUGACAUGUCACCAUCAUUCAACAUUUAACUUGUUUCACUUAUUACAUCUUAUCUAUCAUUCUGCUGGCGUUACGACAAGGUCUGUGAUUAUGAUUAAUGCCCAUAAUACAGAUGUUUCUCUCCAAGAGCUGACAGAGACACACUUUCACACGAGGUAACAUUUCAGUAGCUCGUCUGAAAGUGGCCCAGACUUCAGGCAGCAACACAAGACUGACAACAGCUGACAAAUGCCACAGCACCCCCUACUGUCAGCAGUUUAUUGUAUUGCAAAAUCAACCAUCCCAUCUUUUUAUAUAUACCUAUUGUAACUAUAUUUUUCAAAAUACAGUGUUAAACAGUGAAUACCCGGAUUUUCUGUUGCCCCUCACAUACACUGGAUUUUUUGAUUCUGCUGAGCUCGGCUGUAGAAUUACACAGUAGACACCACAGGGGAAAUUUAAUAACGCAUUGUUGUAAUAUUGUUUCUUCCCAGGGUGCUGGAGACAGCUUUAUUGGAGCCCUGGCCUUUUACAUGGCUCAUUAUCCCACAAUGCCUCUGGAAAAGAUGGCCCGCAGAGCCAAUCAGGUGGCAGCAGUGAGCGUGCAGGCCGUCGGCACGCAGAAGUCUUACCCCGUCAGAAAGGACCUACCGGCUGAACUGUUCUGAGAGCAGCAAGUACACACCAGUGUGAAUGGACCAAGUCUUACCGACCUGGGAAUCAAACUAUUAAAAA